AGGAGCUUACUCUACACCCACUUUCCGAAAGUGAGGCUCUCGUCAACACUUCAAAGGGCGGUGAAAGCUGAUGGUGUUGGCUCGGAGCCUACGAUAUUCAGCCCCUCCCAUCCUUCUCAGCGUCGUCAUUCCUGAGUGGUCCUUCUCCUUGCCAACUUUCAACCGGUGAAGCCGACGAUCAAGUUGUUGCACAGCCCGUUGCCUAACCAACACCCUCAUGAUUCUUCGCAGCCAAUAAACAACAUGCCGAGAUAUGCGCCUUUCAGACACCCACUGCACACUGAGAAGUAUCGAAGAAGUACUCUCGUGUCGCCCAUUUCUCGCAGCAGUUCAGUCUGCGAGUCUCACUUGCUCCGCCUGGAAGGGGGGUCAUAUGAGAGCGAUGAAUGCAUGCCAUUCGCGCUUCCUGCAGAGCGCAUGCGUGUCAUGACCCUCUUAGCCCGGAUCGAGAGCGCGCUGAGCCUCAACCUCGGGGCGGUCAACGGGAGGAUUAGGCACAAAGUGGAGGCUGAUGGAGUGGGCUGCUGCGGGGGGCCGGGUUUAGCAUCGUGGAUUAAGAGACGGGAUCGGAGAUUACGUCGACGUGGUGAUGUGGCUGUUGGUCGAGGAGAAUCUUGGCGGAGAUGCGCGCUUGUGGAUGUUGGCUGCGCGGGUAAGAGGAUCAAUCAGAGUGAGUCUUGUUUCCAGUGGACAUCACUGGUAGAAGAUCCAAAGGACUCGAUAUAAUACUUUGGCGAACUCGGCGUAAGAGUGCUGGAGCCAGCCUGGCCGUUUUUGUAUCAGUUGCAUGUUCAGCCUCGUUGGUUCUGGGCUAUUGGACAACCUUAUGUUCUCAGCAUGGCCACCUCAGGGACGCAUUCAGGUUACAAAUACUCAAGACGAUACUAAUAGAAGAUGGAAGCACUUGAUCACGCCAGAUGAGUCUUUGUCGGAGUCUU